GGAGGGGUGAUGAUCAGACGGAUGAACACACAGACGGCCGGUGGAGAGAUGGAGCUGUGACAGGAUGAGCGGCCUGCUAACCAAUCCCGUUGGCAACAACUCCUCGGUGCUGGCGGCAUGUUUCCACAACGACGAUGCUUUCAAGUACCGUGCCUACACCUUCACCUACCUACUGCUGUUUCCUGUGGCAUUCCUCUGCAACAUCGGAGCGCUGGUCGUCUUCUUCCUGCAGAGCAGCCGCAGAAACUCCGCCUCCUGCGUGGUCAUGAUGAACCUCGCCAUAUCAGACGGCAGCUUCUCCCUCACCCUCCCGCUGCGAUUGGCUUAUUACUUCAAGGGCGGGGUGUGGCCCUUCCCUGAUUGGCUGUGUCGACUGUGCGUCUAUGGCUUCUACGUCAACCUGUACACAAGCAUCCUCUUCCUCACACUUCUGAGCGUGCUACGUUGGCUCGCCGUGGCCCAUCCCCUUCGUCACCGCACUCUGGCCACGCCCACUCGGACAUUACUGGUGUGUCUGGGAGUCUGGCUGUUUGUGGGCGUAUCCUCCGCCCCCUUCCUGUCCAAUGGGGUGAGGAACAGGGCAGGGUUUCCUCGUUGCUUUGAGCCAUCCAGCCCCUCCUCUUGGGGGCGUGUCCUGAUCUUAAACUACGUGGCGGUGGUUCUUGGCUUCCUCCUCCCUUUCCUCACCAUCAUCUUUUGCUACAGCAGAAUCAUCCGGCGCCUGAUGGCCCCCUUCAGCACCCAAGGCAGCAGUCAGUCCAACAACACUCGCCACCGCAACCGACGGCGCUCAGUUCACCUGGUCACCAUGGUGACGGUGACCUUCCUAUUUUGCUUUUUGCCCUAUCACGUGAUACGAUCUCUGCACCUGCAUGCUGUCUGUGAGCACUGGAACUGUGCUGUCACAGUGGCGCUGCAGCGGGUAGUGGUGGUGACGCUGUGUCUGGCGGCGUCCAACAGCGUGGUAAACCCACUGCUGUAUUACUACUCCACCAGGACGUUCAGAGACAACAUGAGGGACGCUCAGUCCUCUCUGUUGUCCAGCAGGGGGACGUCCAUGAGGCAGGGACUGUCUUUGAUGAGGAGAAGGAACACCACCUGAGAGACUUGGAUCAGAGUCGACGCUGCAGCUAAAAUUAACUCCUUCCUUAUUUCCUAAAAUAUUCUGCUUCCUGCUGAAAACACCACGCACAUUUUAUUUAUUUCAGUGAAAACAAAUAUUUAUAGCAUUCGUCUGAGAAAAAGGAGUCGCUUUUCUGCCUAAUGUGGACGAAAAGAAUUUGGUGAAAGUAUGAGACAGAAGUCACCGGCAGCUCUGCAGACAGUAGUCAUUCAGGAGGAGGGUUCAGAGGUCACUGAGGUGUGGUUGCGGAGUCCAGGGGUCGUUGAGAAGAGUCCAGGUGUUGUUGAGGAGUCCAGGGGUCAUAGAAGAAAGUCCGGGGGUCGUUGAAGUGAGUUUAGAGGUCACUGAGGAGAGUUCAUGGGUCACUGACGAGUCUGGGGAUCAUUGAGGAGAGUUCAGGGGUGGUUGAGGAGUCUGGGAUUUUUAAGGAAUCCAGGGGUUAUUUAGGAAAGUCCAGGGGUCAUAGAGUAGAGUCCGGGGGUCGUUGAAGAGAGUUCAGAGGUCAUUGAGCAAAGUUCAUGGGUCAUUGAGGAGUCUGGUGGUCGUUGAGGAGAGUUCAGAGGACAUUGAGGAGUUCAGGGGUCAUUGAGGACAGUUCAGGGGACAUUGGGGAGAGUCCAGGUGUUCUUGAGGAGUCUGGGAUUUGUUGAGGAGUCUAGGGGUUAUUGAGGAGUCCGGGAGUCGCUGAGGAGUUCAAGGUUCGUUGAGGAGUUCAGAGGUCGUUGAGAAGAUCCAGAGGUUGUUGAGCAGUCCAGGUUACUGGGGAGGGUCCAGGGACUAUUGAGGUAAUUGAGGAGAGUCGGGGAGUUGUUAAGGAGUCCAGAUAUUAUAGAUAUUGUUGACGACGGGGUUCCUGUUAUAUGAAAACUCUGAGCAACAGCUAACACAGGCACACAGGAGAAGGUGUUUCCAGAUUUCUUUCACUGCAGUUAAUGUGUAGCCUACAAACUGUGAGCAGAGUUAAAAAUCUCCCAGACAGAUUUGUCUGCUGUCCCUGUUGAGUAACAGCGCCCUCUGCAGGCUUUGCACUAAAAAGCACCCUGUCAGGUCUCAUUUGAUACAACUGACUGAAAGUUCACUCUUAGUCCUGACAGAUUCUGUAUUUUUAUCUUCAUGUUCAGACUCAGACCAACAGUGCAUGUGUCUGCCAGCAGGAAUUGUGUCAUACACUGAUUUUUUUUUUAAUUGAUAUCAUAUAUUAGUGUUUAUGAAGGUUUCUGUCGGACUAACGCACUGUUGGAUUGAGUCUGCACAUGAGCUUUGUGUAUGUGUGUGUGGCUGUGUGUGUGUGUGGCUGUGUGUGUGUGUGGCUGUGUGUGUGUGUGGCUGUAAAUUAUUGUUUGAAGUGUAAACAUGUUUCCAGUGCAGAAUCCUAGUGUUUAUGUGGAAAUAAAUAUCAGUCAUGUAGGCAGGAAAUAUUUCCUACUCUUGUUUCAUAGUCAUACUUCUGUUUGUGUGUUCAGUGUUUCCACAGAAAUGUCAUGUUUUCAUUUCUUUGAUGUGUUUCUUUAGAAGGAGCUAAAGAGGAAAUGUAUUUUCCAAAUGGGAAAACAUCGGCCGCAGAUGCUUAGCAACUCAAAUGUCAAAUAACAGUCACAGUUCAAAGGAAAAUGACUGUUGCUCCACUGAUCAUAGAUCUGUUACGACAUCAGGCUGACAUUAGACGCUGACGUCCCCCGACGCUGCCAAGCAGUUACACUAUAACAUCGACCAGCCACAUGUCACGCCUAUGUGAAAAGACGGCUUUUUUCGUCAGUGUCUGACUACCCAAGUGCUGGAUUUCGAGUUCGGACUGAGACCAGG